GGUCCUUCCCAAUACCCACCCCUAAUAUAUAUAUAUAUAUAUGUAUAUAUGUGUGUGUGUGUAUUUAAGGUGAAGCAUCCCUGGUGUGAAUUUUAUGAAGGUGGAGCAUUUGAUCUCAAAGAAGAUCUGUUGUAGCGAUGGAGACGUACAUUAAAAUGCACAUCGGUGUGGUCUUUCUGUGAUGCUGUUGCAUCUCAUUACAGGGUAAUUCUUCAGUCUGUGGCUUAACUUGAGGAUCUCAUGGAAGAAAAACGUUCAGAAGAAUGGAGCACUCAUCUCUUUGACUGCUUUGAGGAUGCGAGUACUUGUUGCUAUGGUUUCUGGUGCGGCCCUUGCCUCACCUGCACCGUUUCUGGAAGAUUAAGAGAGCCCUACUGCCUCCCUCUAUGUGAUGUUCUCAGCACAGUUUGGCUAAUGACAUCGAAAAUACCUUGCAUUGUUCCUCCUGCAGCCCUGUCUCUCAGAAUGGCCCUUCGCCACAAAUAUGGCAUCAAGGGCACCAUCAUGAAUGACAUGAUGGCGGCUUGUUGCUGCACGUGCUGCUCCUGGUGUCAGAUGCAUCGAGAGUUAAAACGUCGCAUGAAAACCCCAACCGUCAUCAACAUGGAGACUCAAAACAUUGUCAACAUACAGCCUGCUCCAGCCCUGAUGGCGGCUGGAAGCCUUUCUCCACCCGACUAUAUGGACCAACCAAAAGCCAUCAUGUGUUCACCCUCCAACCCCGCUCCUAGCGCUCCUGGUUAUGAAACUAAACACUGUGACUUUUGAAUGGUAAGACUUUGACCUGGAGCUCCAAAUUCAGACUUGUUUCUGGCAACAAUUGUAAGGUUUGGACAUACACUGAAGGCUCUUCAAUAGUCAUGAGUGUUUAUAGUGUAUAUAACUUUAAAAAAAAUAAUCAGUAGCCUCUAUUCAGUCAGAACCCAUGUGGCUCAUUUUGUAUUUUUGAACAUCUUUCUUUAGUACCUUUUUUCACGAGUAAGAAUCCUGUA